UACUACUCUACUACUCUACUACUAUUACUCUACUACUCUACUACUACUGUCGCUGCUAUUACUCUACUCUACUGCUACUCUUACUACUAGAAUACCCUACUCUUCCACACCCUACCAAUAUUCACACUCACUUCCUAACCCUAUGAGCACCUCUACAAACACCUCAACAAUGUAACCAAAGAAAAUACUGCAUCCACCAGAUCAACCGUAAUAAGAUCAUCAAUCCUCACUAUUGCAGAUGGCUCAGCCAUGGUCUCUCAGACUGAAUAUGAACUCAUCGAGCAGAAAGUCAAGCAACUCUACCUCCCCGGCUCUCCGGACUCCAUAAACCAGCUCCAGCGCGAACUACAAUCCCUGCAAAGGUCGCCGGCAGCAUGGGAUCUUGCAAACCUCAUGCUCUCCUCCCCCGACCAAAACGUCAGAUUCUUCGGCGCUCUCACCUAUACCGUCAAGAUCAAUAACGACUGGCACUCAAUCCCCACCACCUCCGUCCACCAACUCCUCUCCCAGCUCCUCAACUGGAUCAUCCUCCACCGCAGCGGUCCCCGCUUCAUCACCCAAAAACUCAUCGCAACCCUCGUCCUCGCGCUCAUCAAGUUCCCCUCCGACGCAUCAACCAUAUGGCCCUACCCCAUCCACGACUUCAUCCUCUCGCUCUCGCAGCUCUCCGUCGUCAUCAACACCCGCUCCACCGACGCCGACCUAAACUUGCAGUCCGAAACCGACUUUGCCGUGCUCAUCGCCAGCUUUUCGAGAGAGAACCUCGACACCUCCCUCCUCUUUUGCUCCACUUUUGCCGAGGAAAUGCUACGCGCUGAUGUUCCCCGCCAGGACCGUCCGCUACUUCAAAAACUACUCGCAGACAGCACCCAACACGCCCUACCAAUCAUGACCACCCUCAUCUGCACCACCCCCUCCGAGCUCGCUCCUGAUCUCUACCCCGUCCUCACUUCCUCUUUCAAAUGCUACCGCGCCUGGGCAUUGUCGCUCGCAACCAGCAGCGGCAUGUCCCCCGAACUUUCCAGCGUCGCCGCCAUCUUCCCCCGCGUCGUCGCCUUCCUCGAACUCGAGUCCGACGACACCGUCUUUAGCACCGUCUCUGAAGUCAUGAUUGAUUUCAUGGAGUGGUCAGAUAAACUCGUCACCGCGCAGUCCAUGAACACGCUCCUCCAUCUCUUCGCCGGCCCAUGGUCGGCCUCCAAAAUCCAACAGAUCGUCGCCGACCCAGACUCAGCCGAGGACGGCAUCAACCUCUACUUCCUGAACGCAUUCAUCUCCUUCGGCGAGCUCACCGCCCGGGAUAUCUCCGGAAGUCUCUCCCUCUCCGAGUCGCAGCGCAUCCUCGAACUGACUCUCGCGCUCGUAAAAGUAGCAGGCUACCCGAUCGAGGACGAAACCGUCAGCAAACGAACGCUCGAGUUUUGGGAUCUUUUCGUCGAGAGCGUGCUCUACGACGACGACGGCGUCUUGCAGCAAGCUGGUGACUCUGCAGCUUCUGCAUCUAAAGAAAAAGCCGCCCAGGCGACGACAAUCAUGAUGACGGUUAUCGAGUCGCUAUGGCACAAGAUCAGGCUCCCGCCGACAAACAUCUUCAGCCACUGGUCACAAGACACUAGAGACCAGUUCUUUGCCUUCCGCAAAGACGUCGCAGAUCUCAUCGAGUCCUCGUACCAGCUCGUCCAACCAAAGCUCUACUCCGUCCUCGUCGACUUUGUCAUCCAGUCUACCUCCUCCGGAACCCCCGACGCGGUAGACUGGCCCGGCGUCGAAGCGUCCUUGUAUGCCCUCAACGCCAUCUCUCAGUCUUUGACCUCUUCCCCUGUCGAAUACGAAACGCUCAAAAUCCUCCUGGACUCCAACCUCUUCCAUCUCCUCCCGCAAUCGCCCAUGCUCCGCGCAAAGCAAACCUCGCUAAACCUCAUCUCCUCCGUCAUCCCCUACUUCCAAUCCGACCCGGGAAAAACCUACAUCCCAGUCGUGGUCCCCUACCUCUUCCAAUGCCUCGCGACCUCCUCCCUCGCACUCCACGCCUCGCGCUCAAUCUUCCAGCUCUGCGCGGACUGCGCCCCGGUGCUGGCGCCGAACGUGCAAGAUUUCUUGGCGAUAUACCGCGACAUGCUUGUAAACGGGCACGACAUCGACGCGCUCGCGAAAGAGCGCAUCGCGGGAGCUAUCGCGGAGGUAAUCGUGCAGGGCGUCGAGGAGCUCGAGAGGAAGGUUGCUUAUAUUGGUGAGCUUGUUGGGAUUUUGAAAGUGUAUGCUGAGCAAGCUGUAGCUGCCGCCAACAGCAAAGUCGAUCAGCAGCAGCAGGAGGACUCCAUCCUACCGAAAGACAUAGCGGCGUCGGCGCUAAAAUCUCUAGCGAUGGUCGGCAAAGCCUGUCGCGAAGGAGAAGACCUGAUAUCUACACACACGCCCGAGCAGAAACGCGCAUACGCAGAGACCCUUGCGCAGGUAUGGGACGCGCCCGGGUCACGCGGCCGCGCAAUCAAAGACGAGAUCCUCUCCGUCGUCGUCACGCUCAGCCAGCGCGUGCCCGACUUCGCAGGCGAGAUCGCGGUACGACAAAACGCGUGCGCGGUUCUGCGCGCGGGGUUUUCGGAGCGCGGGCCGGGGCCGUUCACGGUUAGCGCGGAGGUGAUUGUCGGGUACGUGCGCGAGGAAGUCGCGAGGGUGGGGAAUUUGGCGACGAUGCAGCCGGUGAUUGCGUUGGUUGGCGGGUUUGUGGUUGCGAAUUCGGAUAAGGAGAGUGAGGAUGCUAGUUCUGCGUGCGCGGAGUUGCUUGAUGUUUUGUACUCUGGCGCUGUGGUGCCUAAUACUUGUGCAAGCAGUGCGCUGCAGGAUCCGGAUGUGAACCAGGGCAUGCUGGAAGUAAUGCAGAAAUAUCUCGCGCGGUACACCCCCGUUCUCUUCUCAAGCUACUGCUUCGAACCCCUCGUCGGCCGCUUCGCAGUCGAAAUGCUAACGACGCGCGAACCGCUUGUCGUGAAAGCAGCCGUCAAGUUCUGGACGGCGCUGAUAAACACCAAGAUGCGCGGCGCCGACGAAGCCGAGCUUGUCGCGGUCGUGGACCAGGUCGUGCAAGCCACGGGCGAGGUCGUGAUGGGGAAAGUGGUGUGGGCGAUCACGGGGAACGCGCCGCGGAGUCUGUUGACGGAGUACGCGCAGCUUGUUAAGGCGUAUUUUAGGCUGUACACUGGUCUCGCGCAGCGGUGGAUGAGCGCGGGGUUGGCGGUCGAGGGGGAGCAGCAGCAGGAGGAGAAGAAGAGAGCGAGGAGGAUGUUUGUGGAGAAGAUUGCGAGGUUGAGAGGACGGCCGCCGACGGAGACGAUUGUGAAGGAGUUUUGGCUGGGGGAGAGGGGGCAGGAGGUUGAUUUUGCAUAGACUGUGGACGUUGUAUGAUAGAGAGAUUUAGAGAUAUGCAUUGGCUUAAGUAGUAUCAACUUUAUUUAAUAAUAAUCAAUAGAAGAA